GAGAGGCAGCGAGGGUGGAGACUGGAGAGAGGGGGUGCAGCUUUACACCACCACCACCAGCAGCAGCAGCAGCAUCAGCAUCAGCGGGCAGGCGGAGGCAACACAAGGUUGACAUCGCCGUCUGGUUUGGCCGCAGAGGAGCAACGGCACAGAGGGUCGCCAUGGGCCUGGACGCGCAGAGUGGACGGAGGUGAGGCGGCGGACACUCGGAGACCAACCUCCUCCACCGGGGCCGCUGGAUCUCCCUCUAUAUCUAUAUCUAUAUAUAUCUCCACAGCCACCGCCAUCGCUGCCGACCGUCCAUCUCCCAGACGGACAGACGCCUAGGCCGCAGGCCAUGGUCGCCGUGGCAACCAGCUGAUUGACCAGCGAGCGAGCGAGCAGCCCCCGGGGGGGAGGGGGAGGGGUUUACUUUGGGCGGGAAGGCACGACACGAUUGUCCAGAGCGCGUGAGGAGGUGGGAGGGGCGCGUGCGCUGAGCGAGAAGGGGGCGGCCGGGGGGGAGGGAGGGAGGGGGGGGAGGAGGAGGAGAGGCCACCACGUGACCACCCUGGCCCACCGCGUGCCCCGGGACCGCCGGGUUACCUUGUCAACCAGGAGGGAGGAGGGAGGGGUUCCCACGUGACCCUGUUCCACCCGAUGGCCCCUUACGGCACUGCCACGUGACCAGCCGUCUACGUCACCCUGCUGCCAGAGAGGGGGAAAGACUCCACCCACGUGACCAGCCCUCUACGUCACCCAGCGACUAGGGAGGGGCGGGGGGGAGAGAGAGAGCGAGACUCCACCCACGUGACCAGCGACCAGGGAGGGACGGGGGGACUGACUCCACCCACGUGACCAGCGACCAGGGAGGGACGGGGGGAGAGAGAGAGACUCCACCCACGUGACCAGCCCUCUACGUCACCCAGCGACUAGGGAGGGGCGGGGCGGGAGAGAGACUCUACCCACGUGACCAUUCCCCUACGUCACCCAGCGACUAGGGAGGGGCGGGGGGGGAGAGAGACUCCACCCACGUGACCAGCCCUCUACGUCACCCAGCGACUAGGGAGGGGCGGGGGGAGAGAGACUCCACCCACGUGACCCUGAUGCCGGGGGAAGGUGUGAGGCGGGAAAGCGGCUUCAAAAUGGCGGCGCCGGCGUCGUCUUCGUCGUCGAGGUCGAGGAGGCAGCAGCUUCUGGUGUUGUUGCGGCUGUCGGUGCUGCUCCUGCUGCAGCUGGCGGCCGGGCUGGACGGCGCGCUGGAGUUUGGCGGCGCGGCGGGGCAGUGGGCCCGUUACGGCCGCUGGGACGCGGGCUCUCACGGGCAGCUGAGCUUCAGCCUGAAGACCAACGCGUCCAAGGCCCUGCUGCUGUACGUGGACGAUGGCGGCUACUGUGACUUCCUGGAGCUGAUGGUGGCGGACGGACGCCUGCGCCUCCGCUUCUCCAUCUUCUGCGCUGAACCGGCCGAGCUGCUGAGCGCCGGGCGGGUGGACGAUGACCGCUGGCACAUGGUGCUGUUGACCCGCAAUAACCGGCAGAGCACGCUGGUGGUGGACGGGCAGGCGGACGCGGCCGAGGUACGCUCCAAGCGGCAGGACAUGACGGUGGCUAGUGACCUGCUGGUGGGCGGCAUCCCGCCCGACGUACGCCUCUCCACCCUCACCUCCAGCACCGUCAAGUACGAGCCGCCCUACCGAGGCCUGAUCGCCAACCUGAAGGUGGGAGACACGCCGCCCUUGCUGCUCAACAGCCAGGGCAUCCGCAACGACAUGGAUUUCCUCUGCUCCCGGCACAACCCCUGUCACAACGGCGGCGUCUGCUCCGUGCUCAACAGCAAGGCCGUCUGCGACUGUCGCGGCACCGGCUUCCGCGGCAAGGUGUGCGGGGAAGAAGAACACGCGAUGGAAGGUCCAGCUCACCUGAUGUUAAGCAGCCAAGCAGCCAAGGAGGAGUCUGUGGCCACCUUCAAGGGCACCGAGUUCUUCUGCUACGACCUGUCCCACAAUCCCAUCCAGAGUAGCAGCGACGAGAUCACCCUGUCCUUCAAGACUCUGCAGCGCAACGGGCUCAUCCUGCACACGGGCAAGUCGGCCGACUACGUCAACCUGGCACUGAAGAACGGGGCCGUCUCGCUGGUCAUCAACCUGGGCUCCGGGGCCUUCGAGGCCCUGGUCGAACCCGUCAACGGGAAGUUCAACGACAACAACUGGCAUGACGUGAGGGUCACGCGAAAUCUCCGUCAGCACUCAGGCAUUGGACACGCAAUGGUGACGAUAUCGGUGGACGGGAUCCUGACCACCACAGGGUACACGCAGGAGGACUACACCAUGCUGGGCUCUGAUGACUUCUUCUACAUCGGGGGCAGCCCGAGCACGGCCGACCUCCCUGGCUCUCCCGUCAGUAACAACUUCAUGGGAUGCCUGAAGGAUGUUGUCUACAAGAACAACGACUUUAAACUGGAGCUGUCACGACUGGCGAAGGAAGGUGACUCCAAGAUGAAGGUGCACGGGGAUCUCCUGUUCAAGUGCGAGGACGUGGCAGCCUUGGACCCCGUCACCUUCGAGGCCCCCGAAGCCUUCAUCUCCCUCCCCAAGUGGAACACCAAGAAGACGGGCUCCAUCUCCUUCGACUUCUGCACCACGGAGCCCAGCGGCCUCUUGCUGUUCAGCCACGGCAAGCCGCAGCACCCGAAGGAGAAUCGUGGCGAGCGGCUGCAGAAGGUGGACUACUUUGCCAUGGAGCUGCUGGAUGGCUUCCUCUUCCUCCUGCUCGACAUGGGCUCAGGAGCCAUCAAAGUCCGCGCCACCAACAAGAAGGUCAACGACGGAGAGUGGUGUCACGUGGACUUCCAGCGAGACGGGCGCUCAGGUUCGAUCUCGGUGAACAGCCGGCACCUGCCGUUCGUGGCUAAUGGGGAGAGUGAGAUCCUGGACCUAGACAGCGCCAUGUACCUGGGUGGGCUGCCCGACAACAAGGUGGACCUGCUGCUGCCGCCGGAGCUGUGGACGGCGUUCCUCAACUACGGCUACGUGGGCUGCGUGCGCGACCUGUUCAUCGACGGGCAGAGCCGCGACGUGCGGCACUUGGCCGAGGUGCAGAACACCGGCGGGGUCAGCGGCUUCUGCACCCGCGAGACGCUGAAACAGUGCGGCGCCAGGCCCUGUCGCAACGGUGGCAGCUGCCGCGAGGGAUGGAACCGCUACAUCUGCGACUGUAUCGGCACCGGCUACUUCGGCAAGAACUGCGAGACAGAGGGCACCGUGCUGAGCUACGAUGGCAGCAUGUACCUGAAGAUCAUGAUGCCAAUGGUCAUGCACACAGAGGCUGAGGACAUCUCCCUGCGCUUCAUGUCGCAGCGAGCGUACGGGCUCCUGAUGGCCACCACGUCCAAGGACUCAGCAGACACCCUGCGGCUGGAGCUGGACGGUGGCCGGGUCAAGCUGACCGUCAACCUAGACUGUGUCAGGACUAACUGUAACCCUAGCAAGGGCCCUGAGACGCUGUUCGCUGGGCAGAAGGUGAACGACAACGAGUGGCACAGCAUCCGGGUGGUACGGCGCGGCAAGGGCCUGCAGCUGUCCAUGGACAACAUCACCGUCGCAGGGCAGAUGGUGGGCGACCACACCAGGCUGGAGUUCCACAACAUUGAAACGGGCAUCAUGACAGAGAAACGGUUCAUCUCCAUCGUGCCCUCCAACUUCAUCGGUCACUUGCAGAGCCUCAGCUUCAAUGGGAUGCCCUACAUAGACCUGUGCAAGAACGGAGACAUCAGCUACUGCGAGCUCAACGCUUUCUUUGGCAUGCGUGACAUCAUCGCGGACCCGGUGACCUUCAAAACCAAGUCGAGUUACCUGGCGUUGGCCACGCUCCAGGCUUACACCUCCAUGCACCUCUUCUUCCAGUUCAAGACCACAGCCAUCGACGGCCUCAUCCUCUACAAUAGUGGUGACGGCAAUGACUUCAUUGUGGUGGAGCUUGUCAAAGGCUACCUGCACUAUGUGUUUGACCUGGGUAACGGGCCUUCGCUGAUGAAGGGCAACUCGGACAAGCAGGUGAACGACAACCAGUGGCACAAUGUGAUGGUUUCCCGGGACUCCAAUAAUGUUCACACCCUGAAGAUCGACUCGCGUACUGUGACACAGCACUCCAACGGGGCCAGGAACCUCGACCUGAAAGCGGAGCUGUACGUGGAUAAUGGAGCAAGUGGAGAUGUGAGUUUUCGCUUCUCUAGCUCGGCAGAUGUUGCUGUGAUUAAGAAGGAGCCUCUCACUGAGGUAACUAGAGGUGAUCCCUGCUAUGUCAACAACUGUUCAGACACAAGGUUUGAAGCAUUACCCGUGGACGAGAUAAUAAACAAGGCUAAACAAAGCAUUGGACGGAAAGUGUAUUACGAUGUUCUAAAACAAAACUGUGAACAUUUUGUAAACGCACUUCGAUAUGGUAAAGAGAUUUCGUACCAGGCUGAGGAUGCAAACCUUGCUAUUGAUGUAGGGGCCAUCGCCAUUGCAGCUGUAGUGGGUGUCGGUGCCAUUCUUGCCCUUCAAUUGGGGGGGCGUCAUUAA